UGUGGCAAGUGCCAUCUGUAAAAUCGUAAAAGUUACUAUUCUGUUUUUUUAAAUAAUUAUGCAACUAAUAACUGAGAUUGUUAGUUAAGAAAUUUAAUUAAAAUUAGUGAAUAUUGUAGUUAAUAACUCUAUAAUGACAAACACACACACCUUCACAAAAAAAAACUGGUUGACCACCCACGCUCUCUUUCGCUCUCUCCUCUCUUCUUCUUCACACCGCAUUCGUAAACAAAGACAAUGAAAGCUCCAGUGGUACGGCUGAAAGGCCCCAAAGCCCCCAGAUUGUUUCUCGCCGUCGAGCCGAGCGCACGUACUCUCGAAAAAAUAACACUAGUAAUAGUAUAUAAUAGUGCAGUAUUGUGUAAAACACGCGCGUCUCUGCUGUCUCGCUCUGACUCACACCCAUACUCUCUCGCGUGCCCACACAUAUAUACCUGUAAGAGAGCGAGAUACGAAAAAAGGUGCAUGGAAAAUCGGAAAAUCGGAACUGAAAAAGUCUGAAUUUCUUUUAAACUUAGUUAGCUUUACAUUCGGCUGUCAGUUUGAAAUGGAAAGUGUCGGCAAAAAGUGUUUAGUUACAUUAAACGUGUAACAAACAAACCGAUUAACACACCCACAAAUACGCGAAAUCGGCAAAACGGAAACAUCUGGGCGCGCGAAAAAAUCGAUCCAGACGAUGUGAAAUUGGCCAAAAUUUCUCGUACCUCCCAGUGCAAGCAACAAUUUUUGGCAAAAACAACAAGACAGCGAGCAUGAAAUAGAGAUACAGAUAGAGAUAGUGGUAGUAAAGCGGCCAGUUACGUUGAUAUAGUAAAAAUAAAAACAAAAGCGCGGCGCAACAACCCGAGAUUAGUCAUCCGUGCAAGAGAUUCGCUUUACGAGAUACAAGAUACAAAAUACCAUAUACCAGAUACAAUAGGAAAACUGCAAUAUUGGAGAUCCAACCUUAAGCGGUUAAAAACCCUUUUACAAAAAUAAACUUGGAAAAGGGCUGCAACUAAAAGAUACAAUAUACAAAAAACUGCUAUCUUCAAUCUUGAAGAUCCAACUUCAAGCGGUUGAUAAACCCGAACCCAAAGGAACUCGGAAACUUGGAGGCCUACGUAAUUACAAAAAAAUUGCAGCAGCAACAAGGCAACGCCUACGACACGCCAGUGAUUACAGCAACAACAAUAGCAACAACAUUAUUUACCUAUCCAGCGUAACCCGUUGUUGUAGUUAUUGUUGUAUUGCAUUGCUGCUCACCUCUCGCCAUCUAAAAUUGGGCAUUCACAAGCGGCUUAAAUACGUGGUUAACCAUCAACCAUCAACCAUCGGCGGCAUACUAUACAUAUAGCCGGAAUCUGCAAGUGGCACACCUGUGGCCACGGGUCAGUUGAACACCAGUUGGACGACCAGUUGGAGCAACAGCAUCACCAUCGCAACCGCCAUCGCAAUUACAAUCACAGACAAUGUCGAGACUCACCGAGGAAAUGGUGAUUGCGCGGGCCAAGCAAUCCGAUCUGUCCCUGAUCAAAAAGCUUAAUUGCUGGGGCAGUGAUCUCAGCGAUGUGUCCAUCAUCAAGCGAAUGCGUGGAGUGGAAGUUUUGGCUCUGAGUGUCAACAAGAUCAGCACGCUGUCGCCUUUCGAGGAUUGCAACAAACUGCAGGAACUGUAUCUGCGCAAGAACAACAUCUCGGACAUCAACGAGAUCGCCUAUCUGCAGAAUCUGCCAGCACUCAGGUAUCUCUGGCUGGAGGAAAAUCCCUGCUGCGACCGAGCGGGAUCCAACUAUCGGGCGGUCGUGUUACGCGCUUUGCCCAACCUGAAGAAACUUGACAAUGUGGAGGUCACCCAGGAGGAGUUGGACGACGCCCUGCGAGGAGGCGGUGGCGCCGCCCAGGAGGAGGAGGUGUACGAGGAUGCCUACCAGCAGCAGCAGCAGACGGCGCGAACGUCGCCGCAGCAGAUGCCGCAGCAGCAGCAACACAGCUACCCGCAACACUCCCCGCCGCCGCAGCAGCAGCAACAGCAAUAUCACCACCAGCAACAUCAGCAACCGCAGCAGCAACAGUCGCAGCAGCAGCGCCGCAGCUCCAGUCCCAUGAAAGAGCCGCCGCAGUUGGCCAGUCCGCUGGUCAACAACAGCAGCGAAGGGAACAUCAGCCACAGUGCCAGCGAUCUCUACCAGGUGCAGACGGCCCAGCCGUUCAAGGGUUCUCAGCCACCCACACCCACCAAGGAGCCCGUGCAUCCGCCAUCGCCCAUGUAUAACACCAUAACCAAAGAGCAGCGCACCUCCUACCACCAGUACGAUCGCUCGCCGGGAUCCGACCAGGAGAGUAGUACGCAAACCUACAGGGAGGUGCGGCCCACGCCGCUCCCUCCCAGCAUCUCCGCACACUCGAUGAAGGAAUACUACCAGUCGGACCGGCCCGCCUAUCCGGCACACUACCGCCACAGCCAGACGGACCUCACCGAGUGGGAGGAGCACCAGCAGGCACCCCAGGUGCACCACAAUCCCUACGGCAGCCAGAUGCAGUUGCACCAUCCGCAGCGCCGCAGCGCGGGACCAGAGACGACCGCCUACCGGAAUGGGAGUGCCCGCGAGAAUGGCGGCGAGUGGGAUCCGGAGGACAGGCCCAGGACGAGGCGACCCGAGGGUCGUUAUAGUGAUUCGACCACGACUCUGUCGGCCUCUGUGAUGAAUCACUACUCAGGCUACCAUCGCAGGCCUGUUAAUAGGAAUUCUAAUCUGCUGUCCGCCACACUCUGUUUGGUGAAGGAGUUGGAUUACGCCAGUCUGGAGGUGCUGGAACACGCCGUGCGAUGUCGCAUCGACGAAAUGGCGGGCGAAUGAUGAAGACGACUCUCUAAUCGCAUGUCGAUUAGCUAAUCCAACGCUUUUGGGGAGUAACACACAAAUGACCAGAAAAAAACACUUAAAAGACAGGCAGCAGAAGCUGCAGAAGAUGAGAGGAGACAAGAAAAAAGCUGAUAUUAUACUAACGUCUUAAGCAACAAACAAAAACAAAUCAGAUACUUAACGAGAAUAACGAUUCAUACUUGCCAAUUGUAAACUGUCAUAGUGUAACUAGCAUCUUUUGUAAGCAUUUUGUCAUGUAACGAACUUUGCUAACGGAAUCAGAAAAAGAAACAGAAACGUAGGAGAUAAUUGCCGAUGGAGGAUAUUUUAAUGGAUAAUUUAAUGCUUAGGUUGACUUUCGCCUAUUGAUCCCAGAUCCCGUUCAGUUGAUCCCCGAUUAAGCACAGACCACUUAAACUAGCCUUCUUUCGUACUUAACUCGCGAGGAUCGAAACUAACGAACUAACGACGCCCAAGGCGCCAAGCACAAUGUAUCUUCCUUGUUUCUUUGUAAGAUUAGUUGAAAUUUAUACUCAUGACUUUGUUAAAUAUUUGUACACAAAAGCAAUUAACGCUAUACCUUAAUUUUAAUAUAUUUACCUAUAAUGCAAUGAACACGUCCAGUUUAUGUUUGCCGUUCUCUAUUUAACGAUUACGUUGGAAACUACUAUGCGAAAAAUAAACAAAUUAACAG